GGAAUUAUGAAUAUUGUGAAGGAAUCCAUAAAAAACAUUGUUCCAACUUGGCUUCAAAGAUAUUUUACACAAAAUGAAGAGACAUCUCCAAAUGAGCAAAGAAAUCUGGAGGGGGAUAUAAACUACCAUCCUCCCUUUGCAGAUGAUAUCACUGAAAAUGCUCUUGAGAUAGAUGGUCGAAUCACUCCUGAGCCAACCAGAAUUACUUUAGGAGAGCCAUCAACAAGUAGAUCUAGUUUAAAUUUCACAGAUAUUUUAACACGUCCCUCUCUUCAUCGGAGUCAUGUUAACUGCAACAUUUUGGAUUCCCCGUCACCAUUCUCUCAACCAUCCACAUCAACUGCAUUUCCAGUUAAUAAUUCUCGACUUUCACUUGGAAAAGAAAUGAAAGAUUCUACCUCGCAGCAUGAAGACGAUAACAUCUCAACUACAAGUGGCUUCUCUUCAAGGGCAUCUGAUAAAGACAUAACUGUUUCAAAAAAUGCUUCAGUGCCACCUUUAUGGUCUGCAGAGAGUGAAAGAUCCGUCUCCCUUCCUCAACAUUCAGCAAAUAGUUCUAAAAAACCUGGAUUUAAUCUGUCUGCCUUUGGAGCACUUUCUCCUUCACUUGGUAAUGCAUCAUUUCUUAAGGCAAGCCAGCUAGGGAAUUCUCCAUUUUAUCCUGGCAAAACUACAUAUGGUGGUGCAGCUGCAACAACAAGGCAGUCUAAAUUACGAAUUACUCCAUAUCAGACACCAUUAAGACGACAAAUGAAAGCCAAGCAAGCGAGUGCACAAUCCUAUGGAGUGACAAGUUCCACUGCAAGGCGCAUCUUGCAGUCUUUGGAGAAGUUAUCAAGUCCAUUAGCAGAUGCUAAAAGAAUUCCUUCUUCUGUUUCUACUUCUUUGUCAUCUCCUUUGGAAAACAGUAUGCUGAAUGUUACCAAUUUCCAUUCAUCAAGGAAAAGAGUUGAAACUCAUUAUCCACCAGUUCAGAAGCUUGUGACACCCAAGCCUGUUUCACGGUCAAUGACUCAUUCACAGUUUUUUAAACCUUCUCUCGUGUCUUCUGCUGAAUCAAGCAGGGUACGACAGAGACUAGAGAUCAACCAUAAAGCAGGGCAGGAAAAAAGGCUCACAAUGGAAUUGCAAAGUGAACAGUCAAAAAGGAGAUGGAGAUACCAGCACUACCGGACAUUUCUCUGCCCAUUAGUACAUCAUCACUGCCAACAUUCAGCUUUAGCCCUCUGGCUAGUUCUUCUGGUUCAUCAUUAACUCCCAGUGCUGCCCAACCAGUGACUAACAAGGUACAGCCAGCUAGCAGUCCUGUAUUCAAAUUUUCAUCUCCAAUUGUAAAAUCUACUGAAGCAGAAAUGCUGCCUCCAGUAUCUAUUGGUGGAUUUAAAUUUAGUGCUCCUGUUGCAAAAUCAUCUGAACUUUCAGUAUCCAGGAAUACUUCAUUAUCACCCCAAAUUAAUUCAGCUAUCAACAGCAUAAGCAAUAAGAAAGAAAAUGAGUAUGAUGGUCCUUUUAAGCCUGCAAAAGUCCUAAAAGAAGGGAGUGUUCUGGAUAUUUUAAAAAGUCCUGAUUUUGCUUCCCCAACGAGUCUAUCAACAUCCUCAUCAUCAGUCAGACCAUAUGUUGAAACAAGUACAGAAGUUUACACAAGGCCUGCAAUAAGUAAUUUUUCUGGAGCUGUUUCAGGACUUGGAGAUCCUAUGAAGCAAAUGCCAACGAAUUGGCCACAUGACACCUCUCUUACACAGAACAAGUUGGCAGAAAACAAAUGUACACCCUGUCAAAUUACAAAAGUGCCAACACCCAGUGGUACUAAACAGACUGAGAUUUUGACUCAGAACAUCACCAUCAAAUCAGUUUCUUCAACAGAAGCACAGGGGUUUGGAUAUAAGUUUAAGGCAGGAGUUGGAACUUGGGACUGUGAUACCUGUUUGGUCCAGAACAAAUCAGAAGCCGCUAAAUGUGUGGCCUGUGAAACACCAAAACCUGGAACAGGAGUAAAACAAGCUCUGGUGUUGCCUUUUGUCACAGACAAUGCAACCACAACAGUGUCUUCCUCUUCUAGUUCUACUAAUGUUACAAACACUUUAGGAUUUGGAGACAAAUUCAAAAAGCCGAAAGGUGCUUGGGAGUGUUCUGUGUGCUUAGUGUCAAAUCUGGAAGAGAACAACCAGUGCGUGGCCUGUCAAUCAGACAAACCAGGGAGUUCAGUACCUGUAGCCAGUGGCAGUGCUUCAUCUUUACCUACUCUUUCUGGAGGAUUUUUGAAUUUAGACAAAUUCAAGAAACCAGAGGGAAGCUGGGACUGUGAAACCUGCUUAGUACAAAACAAAGCAGAUGCAACUAAAUGUAUAGCUUGUGAGAGUUCAAAACCAGGCCACAAGGCUGAAUUGAAAGGUUUUAAUACAGCUACUUCAGAGCCAUCUGGUCCUUCAUUUAAAUUUGGUAUUCAGUCAUCACCAUCAUCAUCAUCAGAAUUAUCCCAGACUGCAGGAAAAAACUUCAAAUUUGGAGAACAAACAGGAUUCAAAUUUGGUACUACAUCAGAUAUGGGUUCUUCAGGAGGCUUUAAAUUUUCUAAAAAUGAAGGCUCCAAUCCAGGAAGCUUUUCCUCAGAGUCUAAAUCUGAGGAAAGCGUGAAAGAAGGAAAGAACACCACCACUUUCAGUUUUGGACUUCCUGCUGGAGCUAGCAGUUCAUCAUCUGCAUCGUUUCAAUUUGGAAUAGCUAACCUUGGGCAACAAGAGAAGAAAGAUGGACCUAACAAGCCAGUUAUAGGAGGUUUCACUUUUGGCACAAGUUCUAUAGGAGCCACAACUGCAUCUGAUAAAAAAACUGGAAUAAGUACUUUCAAAUUUGGAAAUUUACAGGAGAAGGAAAUUGCAGAAAGUCCCUUUUCCUCUAAGAAAUCAGAGGAGAAAAAGGAAACACCUUCAGCAAAAGGUGGCUUUACUUUUGGUAAUAUAGACCCUGUGAAUGCCCCACCACGUACUUUGGGAAGGACAGAUGAAAAGCAGGAGGUGGGUGCCUCUUCUACUCCACUAGUGUUUGGAAAGAAAGCAGAAAGCGAAGAGUCAAAGGCACAAUCCAUGUUUUCAUUUGGGAAGGCAGAACAAACCAAAGAUGGCACAGUAAAACCUGCGUUUAAUUUCGGCUUGGCAAAACCUACUGAGAAACCAGCUGAACAACAAAUAAAAACAACAUUUGCAUUUGGGGCACAAGCAAGCUCUGCAGAUCCAGCACCAUCAAAGGAGGCUUUCACCUUCCUGAGCUCUACUUCUAAUACUCCUGUGCCAAGUGUUUCUCUUGGUGGCGGCAGUGGUGGCGGCGGCGGCAGCAGCAGCACGAUAUUUAGCAGCACCCCUUCUUCCUCAGCUCCCCCACCGGCCUUUCUAUUUGGACAGGCCAACAACACUGUGAGCAAUUCAGCUUUUGGCAAUGCUUCUGAUUCAAAUACCGCACAGUCUUUUGGGUUCGCUCAAGACAGCAAGCCACCAACAACCACUUCCAGUACAAGCACUCCUGUUCCAUUCCUGUUUGGUUCAGUCGCCCCCACUAACAUCACAGCUAACACUGGCUUCAGUUUCUCAGCACCUACCACAACGGCACCUCCUACAGGUUCCGCUUCUUCCUUUGUGUUUGGCUCUGGAUCUUCGGUUUCUACAGCUGGUCCAGCUUUUGGUGCUAGCCAGACACCAGCGUUUGGUCAAAGCCAAGCCUCCAAUCAGACCAGUACUCCAUCCUUUGGAUCACUUUCCUCAUCUUCCUUGUUUCCUGCUAGCUCUCUGCCUGCUCCUCCAGCUUUUGGGACUGUUUCAAAUAGUGCCCAGCCGUCUGUCUUUGGACAACAAGCUAACCAACCACCUGGUUUUGGUUCAGGUGCAGCUCCCAGUACUGGUCAAGUAUUCCAGUUUGGAAGUAGUACUGCUAAUUUCAACUUUUCAAGCAGCAAUCCAGGAAUAUUUACCUUUGGUGCAAGUUCAACUGCACCAGCACAGCCAACAGGUUCUUCGGGAUUUCCAUUUUCUCAGGCUUCAUCAUUUAAUUUGGGCAGGAAUAACGGGAAAAGUGCAUUCUCCACGGGAUCUUCAGUGCCUGGUCGGAAGAUAAAGACGGCUGUUAGACGUAGAAAAUAAAAAUAUUAACAAUUGUUACAGACAGCAACUUUCUUACCACAAUUGGUUGCCCUGCAUUGUUCAGUUCCUGAAUUGUACCUCAUGUUGGGUUUAGCUGAAGCCAGGACUGCCUAAACUCUGCUCGCUUUUUUCUUCCCGUUUAGUUAUUUUAAAAGUAAUAAUAAUAAUAAUAAUUAGAAAUGGUGGUAGGGAGGAUCUUGAGCAAAACUACUUUAGAAUCCAGCAGUUUUUCUUCCCUGACUUGGCAUGGUCUGGCUAUAGAUAUAAAUAUAGCCUGCACAGCGAAUGGCUUCAUAUAAUACCUCUGUUUGCACCCACUUUGUGCGCUCUUCUGCGUUUAUGGACAGUUCAAAAUUGUAAUUAUAUUAGAGAGGGGAGUCUGUAUAGAAUAGAGAAUGUGGAUAAUGAAUUUUCUUUGCCGAGUUUGUGCUGAUGUAUGUGUGAAGUGAGCGAGUUGUGUGUAUAGUGCACUAAAAUUUUCUGAUAGAGGAAGAAUGGUUAAAGAAUAGUCCAUGCUAAGGACUAGUUAGAUCAGUAGUAUUUCAUUCAAUAAUUAUAUGCUCUUUCUAUUUUCAUUCUUACUCCUUAUCACCUGUCUCGCCUUUUCAUUAUUUUAUUAUGAAACAAAUGUGUAAAUACUCUUCUGUUUCUCUAUGUACUUUGACAUAACAAAUCUGUGAACUUGAAAUUUUAAUUUUGUGUGUUAUGGCAAAUUUUUGUUUAGUAUUGUCUCAGAUUUUAUUAUGUAAAUCUCAUUAUUCAAAGUUGCCUAAAUCCAUUAAAGACAUUUAAAAUUGGGAAUUCUUAAAGUAAAUUUAUUGGCUUUUCUGAUCCAUUUUUGUUUGGACCAAAAACCAGUAUUGUACAAAGUGUUAAGUAUAUAUUUUUAUAUUUACAGAAAUGGACUCUGGUGACUUUGGAUAAUAAGGAAAAGUUUAAUAUUAAAGCCAUGUUUAUUACAGUAUAAUUAACAUGUUAAAACCAUGGGAUAAAUGCCAUCAAUAAAAAUUAAGAAAUAC